GCGUGGUGAGUGGACCCUUGGAAAUUUGGAGCGGAAAGGAGGACAAAAAUGGAGUCCUCAAGGCUUCCAGGUGCCACUCUACGAAGCAUGGCUUCAGCCGGAAACCUCUGCGCUCCACUCUUCUUCUUCUUUCUCCUUCCAUUCCUUCCCAUUCUAAACACCAUAAAUUUCUUGAUUCCCCCAAACCCCUCUCUUCACCUUUCUAGAUCCUUCCCUUUGUCUCUUCCUCUGCCUCUCCCAAAAACCCGUUUUAAGAACAGAUCAUUAGCGACCCAUUAAUUUUUCUCCAAUUUCAAUCUCCCCCAGCCAUGAUUUGUUCAUUAUUUGCCCCUGAUUUUCCGUUUCCCUCUCUGAAACCCACGUUUCCCAGAUCCCCACGAAGGCCACCGCUCUAUUUUCCCAAGCACAUUCUCUGUUUGCACCAUCGAAACCCCAAUAUCUUCGAAAACCCAUCAAAACCCACAGGCAUUUUCAUCAACACGCUUGUGGAGAGCAACCCAGGUCAUGUUUUGUAUAGAGAGGCCAAGAAAAGAGAAGGGAAUGGCAGAAAAAGAGAGUUUCCUCUUGUGGGUAGCUAUCAAAUGUUGCUGCUCUGUGGGCUUGGGUAUUGGGUGCAGGGGUUUAGGUGCUUUCCAUGGCUGGCUCUUAACUUUCACAUGGCUCAUUACCUUAAUCUUCAUCCUUCCAUAUUGCAACUCGUGCAGAAUUCUGGAAACCUUCCUAUGGUUGCUAAACCCUUGUAUGGAAUUCUGUCUGAUGCUCUGUAUAUUGGUGGUGCUCGUAGAGUUCCUUAUGUUUCAAUUGGAGUGCUGUUGCAGGUCCUAUCUUGGGGAUUUCUGGCAUUGAUCCCUGUGGCAGGGGAAGCCCUUCCUGCUUUAAUGGCAUGUGUUCUUCUAAGUAAUCUUGGAGCAUCCAUAACAGAAGUUGCAAAAGAUGCACUUGUUGCAGAAUUUGGCCAAACAAACAAAAUUUGUGGCCUUCAAUCUUAUACAUUUAUGGCUUUAGCUGUUGGUGGUGUCUUAGGCAACUUCCUUGGUGGAUAUAACUUACUGAGUUCACCGCCUAGAAAGAUGUUUCUUCUCUUUUCUAUUCUACUCUCUCUCCAACUUUCAAUCUCAUCAGCAACUAGAGAGGAAUCCCUUGGUUUGCUGCAACUUCCAGAGCCUGAUGUUCAUGGUAAAUCAAUCAUGGAAAAUGUUAGAAAUCAGAUGUCGGACCUCGUAACGGCUAUUCGUGAUCCGAGUAUAUUUCGACCGCUGGCUUGGAUUGUGGCUUCCAUUGCCAUGGUCCCUCUUCUAACAGGCUCUAUAUUUUGCUAUCAAACACAAUGCCUUCAUCUUGAUCCUUCCAUAAUUGGGAUGUCUAGAGUGGUUAGUCAACUGGUUCUUCUUUCGGUCACUGUACUUUACGACCGCUAUUGGAAACGAGUAUCCAUGAAGAAGCUAAUUGGCAUGGUGCAGAUUUUGUACGCGUCUUCCUUUCUCCUCGACAUUGUUUUGGUGAAUCAGAUAAAUCUAAAGCUGGGCAUUUCCAAUGAGUUGUUUGCUCUUUGUUUUUCGGGUUUGGCCGAAACCAUUGCACAGUUUAAGCUUUUACCAUUUUCAGUACUCUUUGCAAGCUUAAGUCCAAAAGGUUGUGAAGGAUCCCUGAUUUCAUUUUUCGCAUCGGCGGUGUGCUUGUCUUCGAUAGUUGGUGGUUUUUUCGGCAUCGGGUUGGCUUCUUUGAUUGGAAUAAGAUCAGGAAACUACUCAAGCUUGCCUGUGGGGAUUUUGAUACAGUUCAUUGCAGCUUUAUUGCCAUUGAUCUGUAUCCAUUUUGUUCCCACGACAUCACCCGUCGUCGAAAGAGAAAAGAAGAGAAUAGUUAGUAGAAGAUCUAGGAGAAAUAGAAGGGUCGGACGAGUCGUGUAUAGUGAUUCUGUAUAUGUUUAUCGACGCGAGAGGGAAUCCGAGAUGCAGGGGUGAAAACUCUAGUUUCUUUCUACUGCAGCUUAUCUUGUAAAUGGAUCAAAUCUUGACUCUAAAUAGUUCAGACACAUCAGAAAGGCUACCAUUAUAAUGCAUCAGUGAACAAGAUGACUCUCAAGCUCCUUCCCUUCGAUGUCGUUCAACGCAUCGAUUAUACUCGCAUCCGUUCUUGUGGGUAUCUAUGCGACCAACUUCCUAAUGCCAAGAGCAUAGAACAGAGAAGUUUGAGCUUAAUUUGUGGCAGCUUGAAGAUGUGCAAAUGAACUAAAAGGAGUAAAAUCUGUAUGUAUUUCUCUCAUUCAUAGAAGAAUUCAGAAUUAUUUCUAAGUAUUGAAUCUUGGUAUACAAUUGAAUAGUACUUUAUUAUAUGCACCAAAGUCACUUUUGAAGGGAAUUCCAAAUAUCUUGAGAA